ACAUGGCGUACAGGGAAGGCAUGUUAGCCUGAGCACCGAUACGUAAACGAACAAAACAUGGGUAUAACGAGAGAAGAAGCCUUGAGAAUCCUUGAACUACACAGAGAUGCAACUGGAGAAGAAAUUCGUGCAAGUUAUAAACGCUUGGCUCUAAAAUGGCAUCCAGAUAAACAUGGAAAUAGCACAGAAGCAACAGAGAGAUUUCAAGAAGUAUCUUCAGCAUAUAAAAGACUCACUAGUAAUGAUACAAAUGAUGAAAUACACUUAUCAAGGGCAGAUAUGUUUGAUAUAUUUGCUCAUGUAUUCUUUCAACGUAAUGGUAUAUUUGACUACUCUCGACAUGCAUAUGAGUCUGAUGAUGAUAAUAGUGAUGAUGAUAAUGAUCUUGAGGAUGAACUGCUGCAUAACAUUGCAGCAAGACUGAGAAAUAAAUAUGAUAGAAGUAAAGCUUCAACAAAUUGUACAAAAACAAAUGGCACACCAGCCCAUAAUUUAUCAGAGGCAGAAGCUAAUAAAAAUGCAGAGGAAUUAAUUAAAGAAGAAGAAAGAGAAAGAAAAAAAGCUGAGAAACGCAGGCAAAAGAAAAAGCGGAAUAAAGAGAAGAAAAAACAGAAAGAGCAAGUAAAAGAAAAUAAAGAUGAUGAAAAAGAAAAUAAAAAAGUUAAUGAAAAAGACAAACCUACCAAGGCUCCACCUGUACAAAAUGAAAAAAUCAAUAUAAAAGGAACUCAAAAUAAUAAACCAGCUGUCAAAAAUAAACCAAUGCCAAAUGGCACAAAAGAAAAGACACAGAAUACUCAAAAUAAAAAAGAACAUAAAUCAAAGGAUUUAAAAAAAUCACAACUAAAUGGGGAAACAGACUCAAGUGAAGAUGAACCAGACUGGGAUCAGUCUAGUGCAUUCUUYGCCAGAGCUGCAGGACGUAAUCCUCCUGCAAAUUCAACKAAUAAUACAUCAUCUACCACACAAAAUACAUCAAAAACUAAUACAGCAACUACUUCAACUCCAACCAAUACACAAUCUAAUAAAAAUGAAAAUGAAGCAGCUACUGAACAGUUGGAUCCUGUUAUUCUGAAAAGUCGUCAAUUAGCAGUACGUGGUAAUACAAUGGCAAAUGAUGGAAAUUAUGGAGCAGCUAUUGAGCUAUUUACUGAAGCUAUAAAAAUGGAUGCAAGGGAUUUCAGAUUUUUUGGAAACCGUUCUUACUGUUUUGAUCGUUUGGGACAAUAUGAAAAAGCCUUACAGGAUGCYGAUAUAGCAAUAUCAUUAGCACCAGACUGGCCAAAAGGAUACUUCAGAAGAGGGAGGGCCCUUGCAGGAAUAAAGUUAUUUGCUGACAGUGAAAUGGCUUUUGCUCAAGUUCUUAAGCUGGAUAAAAAUUGUGAAGAUGCUAUGUUUGAAUUGGCAAGAGUUAGAGUUCAACAACUUGAGGAAAUGGGGUUUUCUACUUUACAAAGUGAAGCAGCUAUACAUCAGUAUGCAACAGUACAAUCUGCAUUAGAAGCAUUACUAGCAGGAAAAGUAAAAUGUCCUAACCCUGAGGAUAUAUAUGUCUCUGAUGGUGAAGAUGAUAAUACAGUAAGGCCAAGCAACAGYAUAAACUUACCAACUUCACUUGAAAACAAAUCCUGUAAAUCUGUCUGGGUUGGAAAUGUUAAUGCUGAAGUUAUUACAGAACCUCAUUUACAACAAAUAUUUGCUCAAUGUGGAAAGAUAGAAUCUGUUAAAAUAUUACCAUCACGGUUUUGUGCUUUUAUAAAUUAUACUACUGGAGAAGCUGCUGCCAGAGCUAUUGAUGCUUUGCAGGGUUUUGAGACUGGUGGACAAAAUCUACUACUUCGCUAUCCAAAUAACAGUGGUGUUCCACCCUCUUCACAACCUCUCGUCAGUGAAAAUUUCCAGAAGCCCAAACUAACAGGGCCAGURAAUGGUGAUGAAUGCUAUUUCUGGCGUACAACUGGAUGCAGUUUUGGUGAACGUUGCAGAAAUAGACAUAUACCUGAAAAUAAAGGCAUUGACUUAAAAAAAGUAGAGGCAAAAUAUGGUGGAAAGCUUUGAAUUCAAGACAAAUAUUUCUAUAAUUACACUGAAUAGAUAUUUGAAGGAACUURGUUGAGGUUCUAAAAAAGAUUAUAAUAUUCUUGUUACUUCAUCUCAAAUCAAGGCUUUGAAAUGUAUGAUGGAAACUCACAUUUCUAGAAUGUAAUGCAGUUGCACCAAAGAAAAAAAGUUAUACGUUAGACUACUGUUUGAAAAGAUGUAAGACGGUUAGUAAGUAAUAUACAAGAGAAUGUAGUUCUUAAUGCGAUGGAGUAACAAUAUAAUAAAGGCAGUGUGAUUACACUGGAAAGAAAGGAUAUUAAAAGACUCAGUGCAUGCACAACAACCUUC